GUGGAUAUAAGGAACGCGACGGAGGACCAGGGAGUUUUGUUCGGCGAGACGCGGAACAGGGCGGACGCCUUUGCCGAGGCCGUCUUCAACGGCACGUUUCUUAAGGCCAAGCCCGGGGACUACGUCCUCGAGUACGGGUACGAGGGGGCGGUGGAGCCAGCGCUGGUGGCGGUCAGUGUGCGGGAGUGCAGGGUGGGUGAGGUGGAGCGGGAGGAGGGGCAGAUCUGCGACCCGUGCCUGGAGGGGGAGUACGCGUUCGACCCCAAGGGCCUGUGCCGGCGCUGCCCCCCCCACGCCUACUGCGACGGCGCAACCAUCACGCCCAUGGACGGCCACUGGCACUCCACAUCAAUGUCGCCCCAGGUGCACAGCUGCUUGCAGGACGACGCCUGCAAGUUUGAUGGACGGAUGGAAGGCCUGAUGAAGAACGCGAGUUUGGCGCACGCGGAGAACGGGAGCUUGUCUCGGGAGGACUACAUGCAGUGCAGUGCGGGGUACAGGGGUGUUCUUUGCGGGGAGUGCGCUGACGGCUACGGCAAAAAGUCGUCAGGAACCUGCGGCAGGUGUCUCAGCCGCGGCGUCGCCAAAGUGGCUGUGGCUCUUUCGUUCCUGUGGUCAGUUGCCUUGAUGGGAUACUUCAUCGUGAAAGACCUGUCCAGCCUCGAGCGCCUGACGAGGCGGAGGGACGGCAGCCGAGCGCUGGAAAUGACGUCGAUGGGCAGCCUCAACCUUGAGCCGGCCGUGCGCCAUGCCGGAGGGUGCAGCCAAACUUCUGGCAGCGGCGAGCCUCUCAUGCAGCGACGAGAUGGCGUUGAGGUCGUGGCGCAGAAGCCGACAGGCAGCCUGUUUCUGGCAUCUGGGAGACGCCCCACGGAAGAGAUCCACCUCAAAGCUGCCAAUAUGGAGCGCUUGAUGCCGCGGCGGGAGGGCAGUCACGCACUGAGCAGGAGCGCCACGGGCAGCGGAGACAUGGACGCUGGAAGCCGAGCCGCCGAUGACAGCGGCCACACUGCUGGGGCGUCUGGCUCUUGGAACUUUGGGGAGGCAUUGCGAGGAAUGGCGUCGGGAUCAAGUGAGCUGAGGGUGGCCCUGGGGGGGGCGACGAAAUCGAGGGAAGGCGGAAAGACCGGCAAAUCCAAGUCGCUGGAGAAGCUGCACGAACACUACGCCAGAGAGAACAGAUUUUCCGAGAUUCUUAAG